CUGAAGUCCAAGAGUCCAAUCGAGUGGCGUAAACCCUAACCUAUUUACUCAAAUUCUGAUUUCUACAACAGCGAUCAUGUUCCUUAGACGCCAUUAUUAACCACACCACCCUAUGGCCUCCCUGCCCGCGGAACUCUUGAGCGAAGUGUUCCUCGCUUCGAUUCCUUUGUUAGACAAUGAUGAGGGCGACCGGGCUCAGUUUCCUUGGACUCUCACGCACGUCUGCCGCCACUGGCGCCGAUCCGCAAUCUCCUUCCCCCAGCUAUGGUCAUCUCUGGAUCUGGAGCUGACGUCGAGCAACGAGGAGCGGGAAGGGAAUGCCACACUGUCCAUGGUCGAGGCAUAUUUGGAACGCUCCAGGGAGCAUCCUCUGGUUUUUCGUGUGGUCUACGACAACUCGACAAGGAUCAUGGGGAAUCUGUUCUUGGAGACGCUCUCAAAGCACAUGCGCCGAUGGAGGAUGGUCCGUUUGGACGGCCUUAACAUGCAGGCUGUCGAGUACCUCAGCCAGGGCGCGCCGAGCGACUACACCUGUCUACGCGAGGUGGUGUUCACGAACAACGCGUUCCCUUUCACGCUGAGCAUCGACGCGCCCAUGUUCGAGCCGCUGCCGUGGGCGCAGCUGACGCGGUUCCACGACGACUGUGGCUGGCCGAGCGACAACGCCCGGCUGUGGGAGAUCCUCGGCCUGCUGACGAACGUCGUGGAUCUGCACGUCGCGUUCUGCGAGCUCCCGGCGUUCGAGGCGCCGAUCAUCCUGGAGCACGUAGAGCUCGCGACGUUUGCAGUCCAUACUUUCGCCGACCGCGAACUGUGCCUGGAGCAGAUCUUGGAGUGUUUUCAGCUGCCCCGCCUGAAGGGUCUCAGUCUGCACACUCUGGGCAGGGCAGGGGAAACGGUGCUCUAUCCAGUGCCCGAGUUUGUCCAAGGCAUCCAGCUCCGAGUUCUCCGGCUGUGCGGCGCUGUGAACCUUUCCAACGAUAUGUUUAUGUCAGUCCUCAAAGCUCUACCCAGUCUCGUCGAUUUCUCGAUGGACUGGAUCACGCUACAGCCAGGGGACGUCUUCGCAGCCCUCAAACCCGUUGGCGGGGAGAAGGAUGCGCUGCUCCCUGCGCUCAAGGCACUGCGCGUCGCCGAUCUGUCGAUCUUCAACCUCGCGGAUUUGCUGCCGGUGCUCUGGGACUUGCUUUCAGUCCGAUUCAGCCGUGGGGGCCUGCAGCUGUUUGAGAUGCACCUUGAUUCUGUUCGGGGGAACGAUCCGGUCAUUCCAGAUACUUUGGAAAAGUUUGGAGAGACGACGCGUUAUAAAGUGUGCGUUAAGCGGACUGACCGGUUCUUUUGGACGUAUGGCAUGAGCAAAGAGUUUGUAUAGGGUAGCCAUAGCAUGUGUCCUUGUGAUCUGGGUAUGUAUCCUCCCUUGCAGUUUUCGGCUGGCAACACGGUCAUUCGGAUGACCGAAUACAGAAUGAUGCUCCAGUUGUCGCAUAAUGUGCACAUCUAGAACGCUAUCCGCGACAGAUGGUCCCAUAGUCUCGGCAGAAGUCUAUGAGCAUCUAGAGCUUGACACCUCAUUCAUGGCUCCCUGAGAUCUGUCUUUGCGGACUAGCAUGUAGGCUGCGGCGCCACGUCUCGACCGGAAUGAAGCGGGCCAGGUCCUCGGCGGAGCGAACAGCGGCUGCAAGGAAAGUUGCGCGCGCGACGCGUCAAGAGCUUGUGCAACUCGGGACAGGCGUCGACAGCUGGGCAACUAUCGAUCUUUUCGUUGGAGAUGAAACGCUGGAAUGCGCAUUUGAGCGACAUGAUCCGUCAUGAAAUCGGCAGAUGCUCAGGUCGUUUAUGGCGCCGCGGCGGGUGAGCCUAACAGCCGGGUCGGUACAGAGCGUGGAUAAUUCGUGGAUGGAGUUCUGGGUCGACAGAUGAGAUACUUGACUGGGGUGAAUCCAGUCGAGAUUACUUCAUGUCCGAAGAGGAUCUUAUAUAAAUGCCGUCUUUCGAACAAACGAACGAAGUUGGCAAGUAUCAGAGCUUGGCGCUACAAGUCGUCCCAGGUUGCGUUGAUGAAUGGGUGUUGAUCUAUGAUUGACG